GCCGGGAGGAGCACAAGAAGCAGCGCCCCUCCCACAUCGCUUGCCUGCCGCCGAACAGGGAGUGCACCAUCGAUGCUCGAGGAGUCAGCCCGACUGAGCGGGAACUCAUACUCAAGACGCACAACGACUACAGGAGCAUGGUAGCCAUGGGCAAAAUUAAGCCCUUUCCAGAAGCCAAGAAUAUGCAGCAGCUGCACUGGGAUGAAGAGCUGGCUUCCGUGGCACAGGCGAAGGCCGACCAGUGCACCCCUGAUAGCGGAAAACUAAUGCACGACAAACCCGAAGAUCGUUUCACAACCAAGUUCAAGUCCACGGGACACAACUUAGCCUUUCGCGCCACCAGCGCCCGUUUCAAUACCACUAACUGGCCCGGUCAGAUCAAGGCGUGGUUCGACGAGUACACCCACUAUCCGCCGCACAGCAUCGAUCACUUCUCGCCUCCCAGCGGAGAGCCGACCGGACAUUUUACGCAGGUUGCAUGGGCAACGACGCGUUACGAGGGCUGCGGCUUCGUGGACUACAUCGUCGAAGGCUACUCGAGGUUGCCAUAUAUGCAACUAUACGUAUGCAACUACGCCAGCGCAGGCAAUGUUUUGUCGCGGCCCGUGUACGAUCCCGGUGAAGUGUGCUCCGCCUGCCCAGAAGGCACCACAUGCGUCAAAGACACCGGGCUGUGCAUGACUGCUGAAGCAGGUGGCCAUUCUUACACGCAACCGGACUCCAACCGACCGGAAGCGAGUAAACACCGUGGCGACGGACAUGUUCAAGGUUCUACGUCAACUCGAAACAGCCCUGCGCCUGCAAAAAUUCAGCCUUUGCGACAUGCAGCCAUAGUGUGCGUGAUUGCUCCGGUAUACGGUAUGCUGAUGGUCUGGUGGCCGUCUCUCAUGUAGAUGGGGUGCUAAGCCGGGAAUUAUCACCCACGCCUUUCCUUCAUCUUUUUCCCCCUUCCACUGCUGUUGCUUUCUGUUAAUUUGAGUGAAUAACUUGCACUAGCCGCCGUUAUAUUACCAAAUAUGCCUAGAAACGAUAACUAUACGGGCAUCAUUCUCCUUUGAACAGGGUGCCCGUUCUGGGACGUCCGCGUCGAGUUAUAACCUGUCGAUCGUAUAGACCUCUCCGGUAGCGUAACUACACACGCCGUUACUUCUUUUCCUCGCAAAAUAAACGCACACCUUGGUUUCGAACAACGUGUAGCGCCUUCAUUUCUGAAUGCGAGAAAACUUUGCUUUUAAACCACACAGACAUGGAAAUACGAAUUAAAAAACGAGUUCAAUUGAAUCACUACGAGUGAAAUGCACAAUUAAUGACAAGUGUAAUGGUUAAAAAGGUUGGAGGACUUGUUUUAAUCAACGCGAAUUUCAUAGUGUUCUAUGCUUCGGAACCGUGCAGCUCGCCACGACACCUCAGCAUUGUGAAUAACAUGUGAAAUCAUGUUACUUUUUUUCGUCGCUAUCACAUGGAUCUCUACUAAGAGUCACCUAGCCCACCAUGUGGCUUAGACGAUCUGACGUCUCAGGGGGACAAUGAACUCAGCCACGUGCGUUUUAUGUGCACGAAGUGAAUGCUAGUUCGGUCCCUAUCCUGGAAGCGAGGUAGAGCGCCACACAACGGGAACGCAUUCAAU